CAAUUUGAGCUCAAAGAACAAAUAGCGCAUAGCUAUAGGGUAUCUAUCCAUCCAGCUCUGUGAGCCAAUCCCGUAGGAUGUGAUCUUGUUUUCUGGAUUAUUGAUUGCUGUUCAUGCUUUGUUUUGUGAUAUUCGUCACUUCCUGCUGUCAUCGUGGCUAAGCGGAAAACAACAUUGGAGUUUCAGCCAGCAGUUUGCCGGAGCAGUAAUAAGCUAUUUAAUAGAAGAAGAAUAACAAAUAAGCUAUUUAUUAUAGCUUUAUUCAAUACAUUUUGAUAUAUAACGUUUUGGCGUACAGUAGCACAUCAUGUUUUCCUUCAACAUGUUUGAUCACCCAAUCCCACGGGCUUUCCAAAACCGCUUCUCCACUCAAUACCGCUGCUACUCUGUGUCGAUGCUGGCGGGUCCCAACGACCGGUCGGAUGUGGAGAAAGGAGGAAAAAUUAUAAUGCCGCCAUCAGCACUUGAUCAACUAAGCAGACUUAACAUUACCUACCCCAUGUUGUUCAAACUGACCAACAAGAACUCAGACAGAAUGACACACUGUGGUGUCUUGGAGUUUGUAGCAGAUGAGGGUAUUUGUUACCUGCCACACUGGAUGAUGCAGAAUCUCCUGCUGGAGGAAGGGGGCCUGGUCCAGGUGGAGAGUGUUAACCUCAUGGUGGCAACAUACUCCAAGUUCCAGCCUCAGAGCCCAGACUUCCUGGAUAUCACUAACCCCAAAGCAGUGUUGGAAAAUGCCUUGAGAAACUUUGCCUGCUUAACCACAGGAGAUGUUAUUGCAAUUAACUACAAUGAAAAGAUCUAUGAACUGCGAGUGAUGGAGACUAAGCCAGACAAGGCCGUAUCUAUCAUUGAAUGUGAUAUGAAUGUGGACUUCGAUGCUCCGUUGGGUUACAAAGAACCAGAGAGACGUUACAAAGCACCAGAGGAGCCCACAGAAGAGGAAGGAGACCCCAGCACUUGGACUGACAUGGACAUGAGAUUCAGAGCCUUUACUGGUUCAGGCAAUCGUCUGGAUGGCAAAAAGAAAGGCAUUGAGCCUAGCCCCGUCCCCAUCGAUCCCAGUGACAUUAAAAGAGGGAUUCCUAACUACGAGUACAAGGUCGGAAGGAUCACCUUCAUCAGAAACUCCAGGCCUCAGCCCAGGAAAACAACAGAGGAUGAGGAUUCAGAAUUCAUCGCCUUUUCUGGUGAGGGACAGUCACUACGCAAGAAAGGUGGCAGAAAGCCUUGAGGCACUACAGUAUUCAACUGCAGAGACUGACUGACUUACUGUAGACUCUACAUACCCACACAUCCAUCAUAAGAAACCAAUAAAAGCAAGUCAUGAAAAGAGCUGGGUUCAUUUUUCUGUCCCUUAGCAGGAAUCGGCAAGGUUUUACUUUCUUUUGAUGAUAUUGUAACGGUCUUGUCCAUGGUCAGCAUGUUAAAAGCUCUUCUAAAAAACGGAAUGCUAUUCGGACUGAGGUUAGUCAGUGGAGACUUCUGCGGGGAGAACGGCUCACAAUAAUGGCUGGAGCGGAGCGAAUGGAAUGGCAUCAAACCAUGUUUUUGAUACCAUUCAACUUGUGCUGUUCUAGCCAUUACCGUCGUCCCCAAUGAUGGUGCCACCAACCUCCUGUGGUUAGAGUAAAGCCAGCUACCCUUUCCUUUUGCUACAAUAUGAUGAAUAUUUUUAAAAAUCUACCUUGUUUUCUCAUAAUGGGAUUACCCUUGUUGAUGAUGGAGUGGGUUAGAUUAUUCUUUGAAUAUGUAUCAAAUUAAAUAGGAAACGCUUCUGACAUUGGAACCUGUUGAACUCGAACUUUGAGAGUGAUGAGUGGCGGAGGUGGAUAAGAGCCAUUCCUUUGUUUGUUUAUCAACUCUGAAAUAAAGUACAGCGUUUUGAAUAAAGUGCACUCUGUAUAAA